AGCUAAAACCUCGCGGCUUUUCAGCUAAGCGAGGACACGAUGGGUAGUGGGAAGGGGGCUCUGGAAGCACAGCUCUCAGCCACCUUAGUGAACCUACAGACCUCCUCGACCCUCCUCCGCACUUCUCCCCUUUUUCAUUGCGAGCAGCUCCCCAGAGUGCCUAGGGACUUCCGGAGCUCUACCGGAACCGGAAGCAUCGGGAGUGAGAGGGUGGAGCUGAAAAAUCAAAAAAAGCGCGGCGAAAGCUGGAGGCCGGAGCUGGCAGGUGGUGGCCCCCAGAAGGGGUUGAGGAGGGUGCCAAUGGACUCUACCGCCUGCUUGAAGUCCUUGCUUCUGACCAUCAGUCAGUAUAAAGCCGUUAAGUCGGAGGCGAAUGCCACCCAGCUUUUGCGGCACUUGGAGGUAAUUUCUGGGCAGAAACUCACACGAUUGUUUACACCAAAUCAGAUAUUACCAAGUGAAUGCUUGAGUUGCCUUGUGGAGCUACUUGAAGACCCAAGCAUAAGUGCACCACUGGUCUUAAGUAUCAUCAGCUUGCUGUCUCAAUUAGCUGUAGACAGUGAAACCAGAGACUGCCUUCAGAAUACAUAUAACCUGAAUAGCGUGCUAGCAGGAGUGGUUUGUCGGAGCAGCACUUGCCAUAGUGAUUCUGUGUUUUUGCAGUGCAUUCACCUUCUGCAGAGAUUAACAUACAACAUCAAAAUUUUCCAUUCUGGUGCCAAUAUAGAUGAGUUAAUUACCUUCCUGAUAGAUCAUAUUCAGUCUUCUGAAGAUGAGUUAACAAUGCCUUGUCUAGGAUUAUUGGCAAAUCUUUGUCGGCACAAUCUUUCUGUUCAAACAUACAUAAAGACUUUGAAUAAUGUGAAAUCUUUUUAUCGAACUCUUAUAAGCUUCCUGGCCCACAGUAGUUUAACUGUGGUUGUGUUUGCCCUUUCAAUUUUAUCCAGUUUGACAUUAAAUGAAGAGGUUGGGGAAAAGCUGUUCCAUGCUCGAAACAUUCAUCAAACUUUUCAGCUAAUGUUUAAUAUUCUCAUAAACGGUGAUGGCACAUUGACUAGGAAGUAUUCAGUUGAUCUACUGAUGGAUCUCCUUAAGAAUCCUAAAAUUGCUGAUUAUCUUACCAGGUAUGAGCACUUUUCUUCAUGUCUCAAUCAAGUAUUAGGUCUUCUUAAUGGAAAGGAUCCUGAUUCUUCUUCAAAGGUUUUAGAAUUACUUCUUGCCUUCUGUUCAGUGACUCAGCUGCGCCACGUGCUCACUCAGAUGAUAUUUGAACAGUCUCCAUCUGGCAACACCAUUCUGGGAAGCCGUUCUAAAUGUUUAGAACCUACUGUGGCUCUACUUCGUUGGUCAAGCCAACCUCUGGAUGGGUCAGAAAACUGUUCUAUUUUAGCCUUGGAGUUGUUCAAGGAAAUAUUUGAGGACAUUAUAGAUACUGCUAACUGUUCCUCAGCUGACCGUUUUGUGACCCUUCUGCUGCCUACAAUCCUUGAUCAACUUCAGUUCACAGAACAAAAUCUAGAUGAAGCCUUAUUAAAAAGAAAAUGUGAAAGGAUGGCCAAGGCCACUGAAGUUUUGUUAACUCUGUGUGGAGAUGAUACUCUAAAAAUGCAUGUUGCAAAAACUCUGACUACUAUCAAAUGUACCACUCUGAUAGAACAACAAUUUACGUAUGGCAAGAUUGAUCUGGGGUUUGGAACAAAGGUAGCAGAUUCUGACUUGUGCAAACUGGCUGCUGAUGUAGUUUUGAAAACUCUUGAUUUGAUGAACAAACUUAAACAGUUGGUUCCUGGUAUGGAAGUAAGCUUCUAUAAAAUCCUUCAGGAUCCACGCCUGAUUACUCCCUUGGCUUUUGCUUUAACAUCAGAUAAUAGAGAACAAGUACAGUCUGGACUGGGAAUAUUAUUGGAAGCUGCUCCACUGCCAGAUUUUCCUGCUUUAGUACUUGGAGAAAGUAUAGCAGCAAACAAUGCCUAUAGGCAACAGGAAACAGAACAUAUACCCAGGAGAAUGCUUUUGCAAUCACUAAAUCACAGUCUUCCAACAUCAGUAAAAUGUUUAACUCCUCCACUUUUGAAAGCUAGAGUUUCUGGAUUGAACAUUGAGGAAUUAAUAGAGAAACUUCAGGCUGGAAUGGUGGUAAAGGAUCAGAUUAAUGAUGUGAGAAUAUCUGACAUAAUGGAUGUAUAUGAGAUGAAACUGUCCACAUUAGCCUCCAAAGAAAGCAGGCUACAAGAUCUUUUGGAAGCAAAAGCUCUGGCCCUUGCACAGGCUGAUAGACUGAUUGCUCAAUAUCGCUGUCAAAGAACUCAAGCUGAGACAGAGGCACGGACACUUGCUGGUAUGUUGAGAGAAGUUGAGAGAAAAAAUGAAGAGCUUGGUGUGUUGCUGAAGGCACAACAGGUUGAAUCAGAAAGAGCCCAGAGUGAUAUCGAGCAUCUCUUCCAACAUAAUAGGAAAUUAGAGUCUGUGGCUGAAGAACAUGAAAUCCUGACAAAAUCCUACAUGGAACUUGUUCAGAGGAAUGAAACCACUGAACAGAAGAAUAAAGAUUUGCAGAUGACAUGUGAUUCUCUGAAUAAACAAAUUGAGACAGUGAAAAAGUUGAAUGAGUCAUUCAAGCAACAAAAUGAAAAAACUAUAGCCCAAUUAAUAGAGAAAGAAGAACAGAGAAAAGAAGUACAGAACCAACUAGUAGAUAGAGAAUGUAAGCUAGCAAAUUUGCAACAAAAAACAAAAGUACAAGAAGAAAAGAUUAAAAUCUUGCAAAAAGAAAGGGAAGAUAAGGAAGAAACCAUUGAUAUCCUUAGGAAGGAAUUAAACAGAACAGAACAGAUAAGAAAAGAAUUGAGCAUUAAGGCUUCCUCCCUAGAGGUUCAAAAGGCCCAAUUAGAAGGUCGUUUGGAAGAGAAAGAGUCGCUGGUGAAACUUCAGCAAGAGGAGUUGAACAAAAACUCUCAUAUGAUAGCAAUGAUCCACAGUUUAAGUGGUGGAAAAAUAAGUCCAGAAACUGUGAACCUCAGUAUAUAGAUGUUAUGUAUUUAUGUUCUGGGGGAGGUGUGGUAGGGAAGGUAAUUUGUGACUCCAGAACAAUAGCAAAUUAUUAUCUAAUUAUUAAUUUAGUAAAGAACCUGAUCUGAUAAAUAUUUUUAUUUGGUCUUAAAAGUUUUACUUCCUGUUUCUGGCUUUUAUUGCUUAAAGCUUUCUUUGGUUCUUAAUUAGAAUGUUCUUCUUGACCUCAUAAUGUUUUUCUAAGGUUUUUCCCUUUUCCUUAGUUGCUUUCCACUCUUCUGCUUUUUUUAUUCUCAUUUGUGAUUAGAUUUUAAAAUCAAACUUUCCUGAUAUAACAAUCCUAAAGAUUAAGAAAUUGAAAAUACAGUUAUUAGUAUAAAAAGAGAAGGCGUAGCAUUGCACAAGAAGUUUUUCUCUAAAUAGCACAAAAGAAAAUUCAGUGAAUUUAAAAUAAUUUUAUUCCUGCAUUUAAAAUGCAGUAAGAUAUAUGGUAUAAGUUCUAAAUUUGAAAAAAAUGCAAUGAAUAGUUACAGAAAUAAUGUGAAAAAAUUAGAAAAUAUCAGAUGUGUUAAACGAAUACAUUGUCACAUUUAAAAAAAUGAUAAUUUGUAGACUUGUUUGAGAUAGCCUUAGUUUUUGACUCUUUUUUUAAAUGUACCAUGUUGGUCUGCCCAUAUCAUUUCCAAUCAAUUAUGAAUUUCUUUUGAUUUGCACAAGGACAACUUGGAUUCCAGCCUUGCUACAUAUUCAGACAUUUAUUAUUUAUUAAUUCAAAUGUGAAUUGCAUUUAAUAUAUUGCCUUUUGUUUAAAUAGUUUUUGAUUUGGUCGUUUAAUUUUAAGGCAUAGGUUAAAUAUCCUUAUGUAUUUUUUUAAUACAAAGGAAUUUUUCAGUACUCUUCAUUUGAAUCAAAUGUUGUAAGUAGUGUUUAAGAAGAAUUUUUGUAUCAAUAUUUUAGUUGGUUUUAUUGCUACAGUUUCCAACCAUUAAUUUUGCUUGGUGUUUUCUUCCCUACUUAUAUUUUCGUGUGACUUAAGUGAACUUAGAUUUACUUCUGUUUUUCAACUAUAGUAUAUCUGAAUUUAUGUUUAGAAACUAGACAUAUUUUCAUAAUUUGCUAAUUAUGUUAAAUAUCAAACUCGUGGUUUUACAUACUUGAAUACAUUUUGCAUAGUUCUGCAGAUUUUUUUAAAAAGCAUUGUACAGAGUAACACAUUUUAGACUGCUACUUGUUCUAUAAGGGGUACAUUCUGUUUCUUUUUUGAAAUUGCAAUCAUUUUCAAUUUUAUAGGAAAAAAUGUUUAAAUGGAUAGAUAUGACUGAAGAACAAAAGGCUCUGUAAAAUGAAACAAAAAGUUCUGUAGAAUAAAUAAAGGAACCAAAACCUCUAGGGCAGAUCAAACUAUCUUUCAAUGUAGACACUUUCAAGAAGAUACGAGCCUAGCCCACUGCUGCCCAAUAGAAUUUUUUGUAAUGUUGGAAAUGUUCUCUACACUGUUCAGUAUUACAGCCUUUAGCCACAUGUGAUUUUUGAGCACUUAAAAUAUGAUUAGUGCAACUGAAGAAUUUAGAUUUUAACUGCCAUCCUGCUGGACAGCGCAGAUCUAGUCCAUUCUUGGAAGUAUGCAUUUAUUUUAAGACACUCAAUUUGCCUAUUCUUAAAGAUCUAUAUAGGCAAAGACUCCAUAUAUUUUUUAGCAACCUUUUUUUAAUAGAAUUUUAAUGUCAUUCCUGAUCUCUCUAAAGAGAAAAAAGUUACUUUAGCUUUAGAGGUGAGUACGAAUCAUCAUCCUCUUCAUUUUUUGUUUAUCCUAGUCUUUCUCUUACAGCAUCUUUCAUAUUGUCCCUAUUAUUUUUCUUAAUCUUAGUAUGUUGAGCCCUUUUUUUUUUUUUUUUUUUUGCGUUUUAGGUUUGUGUACCUCAGAUUAAUAUAACAGAGUGUGUGUGUGUGUGUGUGUUUUCUUUUUAAAAAAUCUUUUAGGCACCACUACAGAGUUUUACAUGAUUUUUAUGUGUGUAUGACCAUUUCCUAUUGGAGAAAGUAGAACUAAGUAAAUGUAUCAUUAUAUUAGAAUUGUUCAAGUUCUCUAAAAAUCUUGCUAUGAAGAGUUUGUCCAAGUGUACAUUAGCACAGUUCCUUUUGCCAUUUACAUUUGCCCCUUAACUAGAUACGGACUUCUCUUAAAAUUGGGCUGAUUGAAGUUUAUACUAAACUGUCUAAUGUCAGGGCAAAAACAAAUACUCAUUAAAACUUCAUGCUGUGUUUUGGGAAAUUGUCAGAUUAGUAUACUUUUAGUUUUAUUUAUUUGUUAUAAAGUCUAGUUAUUUAUGUUAAGGAUAUAAUGAGACUCUGUCUUGAGUUAGGACUCUUAGUUAAAUGAGAAUGUUGACUUUCAACUUCUACCUGAGAGUCAUUCACAUAUGUUAAAGUACUUCUAAUCAAGUUACAUUCCCUAAACUCAUAACCUUUAAUCUGAUUCUUUCCCUCUUUUCAAAUAGUUACGAAUUGUGUUUACAGCCUGCUUCUGAUAUACCUACUGAUGAACCAAACACAUGCCCUGUUUGUGACUCACUCACUUUAUAGGAAUCAGCAAACAUUUUCUGUAAAGGGCCAGAUAGUAAAUAUUUCAGGCUUUGUGAGUCAUACUGUCUCUUACAACUACUUAGUUCUGCAACAGUAGCAAGAAAACAGCUAUAGACAGCACAUAAAUAGGCAUGGCUGUAUUCUAAUAAAACUUUAUUUACAAAAACAGUCAAGGCUUUGCUAUUGGGUGUUAUAUCUUACUGACUAAUUGGCCCUUAUAUCAUUAAGAAAUGUGUCUCUUUAUCUCUGGUAAACUCUGUCUUGGGGUCCGAGGUCUAUUUUAUUUGAUACGAAUAUAACCACUCCAGCCUUGUUAUGUUUUCUGUUGGCCUAGUAUAUAUUUUUCUAUCCAUUUACUUUUAACCUGUGUUGUUAUAUAUAAAACUUAAGAUUGUAGACAACAUAUAGUUCGGUCUUGCUUUCAUUUUAAUCUAUCUUGACAAUCAAGUCCUUAACUUUCACAGUCCACUUGAAGUUAAUAUUGUACUACUUAGUAUAAAAUGUAGAAACCCUGUAACUGUGUUGGUCCUUUUA